AUGAUACUUGGUAAUAACACCCAAAAGAUAUUAUGCCUAGCCGUUGCAUCCAAAGUUUUCUAUGUAGGCAUUUCAUACUUUGCAUAUCUUCUCCUUCCUCGAUUUGAUAAGUCUACAGAGCUUAUCUCAACCAAUUCAUGCCUGAAAUUCCUUCUUUCAUGGGAUGCCAUCCAUUUUCUUGAGAUUAUGGAAAAGGGAUAUGGGAAGGCCCAUGUCGUUGCAUUCUUCCCUCUUCUUCCAUACAUGUCCCGUGUCGUUGCAAGGUUACUUUCCUUAGAGCCGUAUACAACAGGUGUCCUCGUGUCGUGUACUGCCUCUGUCCUAAGCUCUGUCCUGCUCUAUAGAAUCUCUCAAAGAAGAUAUGGAAACAAAAUAGCAAUAAUGAGCUGCAUCCUAUUCAUAUUUAAUCCUGCAGCAAUAGUGUACACUGCCAUGUAUUCAGAGUCCUUAUUUAUGUUACUUUUUCUUCUUGGAAUAUACUUUCUUGAGAACAACAGUAUUGUCCAUGGCACAUUGUUUUUGUCUUUGUGCGGUCUAUGCAGAUCUAACGCGAUUCUAUUUGCUCCAUUCAUCAUUUAUCCACUCGGCAAAAACGCCCUCCUAAGAAUGAUUGUACUUCUACUUCCACUUGGCAUAUUUCAAUAUUACUCUCUACUCAUGAUCAAUAAGGCUACCAACACAUACAGAAUCUUCAUACCAUACUUUUACAUACAGAAGACUCUCUGGGAUCAAGGUUUUCUCAGGUUUUUUACACUUAAAAACAUUCCAAAUGUCCUUGUUGGGCUUCCAUUUAUCCUGAUUUCCUUAUACAUCCUACGGGAAUAUUGGAACAAGAGAUCUACUGUUAAUCCGAAAAUGUACAUGGACACUCAAAGAUUCAAUACGGACAUGUGUGCUAUAGUGCUUCUGGUCCAAACUCUUAUCACAAUAUUCCUGAUCCACUGGAAUAUGUAUUUCAGGUUUAUUUCAUUCAAUCCUUUGAUAUACUGGAUGCUAGCAGAGAAGUACUAUACAAUUGAAAAGGGAUUCGGGAAAAGAUUGCUGUUCAGAUUUUAUUUUGGAUUUGGAGUAGCAUACGCAGUGCUUUUCGGAUGUUUCUAUCCACCAUGUUGA